CGUUCUUCGUUGUUGUUCAAAGUAGAACGAGACUUGAGUGUUAUUGCCAAUUUUGCUAAGGAAUCUUCCUUUCAGCAAUGGAAAAUCAGAGAAAAAGGCGGCACGAUAUUGAAAAGGAGUUAUCAGAUGACGAGGACUACGUACCUUACGUUCCUUUAAAGGAGAGGAGAAGGAUUGAGCUUGAAAAACGAGAGAAAUUCUUGAAGAAAAAGACCGAGUCAAGUACAGUAGCGGAGACAGCAAAGAAUGUAGCGCCGACGUCUUUGGUGGAGAAAGAAGAAGAGGAAGAAGCGCCCAUUGGAUUGAAGGCCAAUGUGAGCUUGCUGGAUCAGCACAGCGAGCUCAAGAAGAUAGCGGAAGCCGAGAAAGAAACAGACUACGAAAAACAGCUGAAAGAAGAAGAGAAGAUUUUGGACAGCAUUGCUGAGAAGAAAGUCUUGAUGGCUGUAGGGGAAAUUGCUAAAGGAAUCGUGUACACUGAUUCGAUUAAGACUGGAUGGCGUCCACCACGGUACUUCAACUCAUAUCCACCAGAGAAAUUUGAUAAGAUUAGGAAGAAAUGGCAUAUUCUGGUGGAAGGCGAAGACAUACCACCUCCCAUCAAGACUUUCAAGGAGAUGAAAUUUCCUCGCGCUGUCCUAAACACACUGAAAAAGAAGGGUAUAACACACCCAACACCAAUACAGAUCCAGGGCAUACCUGCAGUUCUCACUGGCAGAGACAUGAUUGGAAUUGCAUUCACAGGUUCAGGUAAAACAUUGGUGUUCACACUUCCCAUUAUCAUGUUUAGUUUGGAACAGGAGAAAGUUCUUCCAUUCCAGAGACAAGAAGGUCCGUAUGGGCUUAUCGUUGUACCAUCUCGAGAAUUGGCACGUCAAACAUUUGAGGUCAUUUCAGAAUUCUCAAGAGCCUUGGAACUGGAUGGUCUUCCUUCUUUGCGAUCUGCACUCUGCAUUGGUGGAACCAAAGUCAAGGAUCAGAUGGAGGUUAUCAAAAGAGGAGUUCACAUGAUGGUGGCUACACCAGGCCGUCUGAUGGAUUUGCUAGACAAGAAAAUGGUUAACCUUGAAGUGUGCAGAUAUUUGGUUCUCGACGAAGCUGAUCGCAUGAUUGAUAUGGGGUUUGAAGAAGAUGUGAGAACAAUCUUCUCUUACUUCAAGUCGCAGCGUCAGACACUGCUCUUCAGUGCUACAAUGCCUAAGAAGAUUCAGAACUUUGCCAAAAGUGCUCUAGUCAAGCCAGUAACUGUUAACGUAGGAAGAGCAGGGGCAGCCAGUCUUGAUGUUAUCCAGGAAGUUGAGUAUGUGAAGCAAGAAGCUAAAGUGGUUUAUCUCUUAGAGUGUUUACAGAAAACUCCUCCUCCUGUGCUAAUUUUUGCAGAGAAGAAAGCAGAUGUCGAUGAUAUUCAUGAAUAUUUACUACUCAAGGGUGUUGAAGCUGUUGCUAUCCAUGGCGACAAAGAUCAAGAAGAAAGGGAAUAUGCAAUGAGAUGUUUUAGACAAGGAAAGAAAGAUGUAAUGGUUGCAACAGAUGUGGCCUCCAAAGGCCUUGACUUUCCUAACAUUCAACAUGUUAUCAACUAUGACAUGCCUGAAGACAUUGAAAACUAUGUCCACAGAAUAGGUCGUACUGGUCGAAGUGGGAAGACUGGAGUUGCUACCACAUUCAUCAACAAAUCUUGUGAUGAAUCUGUCUUGUUGGAUCUGAAGCAUCUGUUAUUAGAAGCAAAACAGAAACUACCCCCAGUUCUUGCAGCCCUACAGGCAGAAAACGAAGGCUAUCUUGAUCUUGGUGAAGAACGUGGCUGUGCAUAUUGUGGUGGUCUUGGACACAGAAUUACAGAAUGUCCAAAGCUGGAAGCAAUGCAAACCAAACAAGCUGGAAACAUUGGAAGAAAGGAUUAUCUAGCACCUGGUGCUGCAGAUUGGUAACUUUAGCCAUUGGUGUUCAUUUCUACUCCCUCAAUGUACAUCUAACAUGUACAUGUAUCAGUGUAUGUAGGGGUUGUAUUACUGCAGAAGGCUGUAUACAAAGACAAACAACAUUGCAAGAUAAAUACUGCAGAUGGUCUUAAAGUUAUUGCAUACUUCCUUAAGUUUUAUACUGGGCAAGAAAUAGUCAGAAAAACUUAAACCUGUUUUACAGGUGAACUAAUGAAGCUGAGUCUUAGAGCUUCUCUUGUGAGCAUAAAUUUGUAUAUUAUGCAUCCCUAGUUCCUUUGUUGUUGUGAGAGAUAGUAUGUUGAACAAUGGCCUUACUAUUUCUUUAGUGAUUACACAAUCUAAAAUGUUCGGCAAACACAUUGGAUCACUGCUUCCAAACUAUUUGUUGUAAAUGAGAGACCAUUUAGAUCAGCAGAUAAAAAAAUGGCAAUGAAGGCAUACUUAAACGUACAUACAUUAUUUCCUCAAAUAAGCACCAUCGAAGGAAUGAGUGCACUUCCCCAAAUAUGUGCACUGCCACAAAUAAGUGCCCUCCCUUGGGCAAGCACACUCCCUCUGGGCCAUAAGGCCAAACAUGGACAUCUCUUGAAUUAGUGCUCCUCCCUCGCUUCAUUAACAGUACGGAUACUUGCAAAACCUGUUGCUAUUGCCACUUUGGUUAUAUUCUUUUUCAAGCUUCAACUAUGGCAGGAACAGUUUGAGGGAUUUGCUUGGGUUUAAGUAUUUAUUCCAGAAGGUACAUCACUGCAUCAAUGAAUACGUAUUAAUAGACAAUUUGAUGUAGAUGAAGUUAUGAAGUCCUUUUCUCCAGUCAUUACCUGUAUAUGUUACCUUAUGUGAUUACCAGAGUAAAACAUUCUUGAUCCAAUUAAAACUUCUAUAUCAGU